AGUAUGUAAAUUGUGAUGGAUUCAUCUUUCAAGGAAGAUCGAAAGAUGCGAAGAGAGAGAGGGACGAGUAUGGGCGGGUCGUCGUUGAUCUUCGGUGCUGUGCUUAUGUACUGCUUGGUGGUAGCAGCGGUGGCGGAGGAGCAGCUGAGCACGAAAGAGUGUGAGAAUCUCGGCUUCACGGGUCUUGCUCUCUGCUCUGACUGCAGAACGCUUUCCGAGUAUGUUAAAGACAAAGAGGUGGUGUCGGACUGUUUGAAGUGUUGCACUGAAGACUCAGAUGAUGCCACAAGCAAGGUUGUGUAUGCGGGAGCAGUUAUAGAAGUCUGCAUGAGGAAGUUGGUAUUCUAUCCCGAAAUUGUUGGCUUUAUUGAAGAAGAGAAAGAUAAGUUUCCUUCUGUAAAAGUUCAAUAUGCAUAUAAUUCUCCACCGAAGUUGAUUAUGCUGGAUGGUAAUGGAGGGCACAAGGAAACCGUCAGAAUUGACAACUGGAAACGUGAGCACAUACUGCAGUUCCUAACGGAGAAGGUUAAACCUUCUUCUGAUAUUUAAUGCAGCUAGGGAUGAAAUCUUCUAUACAGUAUUCCGUAUUACCACAUCAGUUUGAACACUCACAUGCAUAAACAAUCCACUAGCAUUGCAAACACUGAAACAAUCUUUUUUGUAUUUAGGCUGUGCAUUUAGUUUUGCAGCACAAGUAAACUGCCUAUUGUGCUUGCUUUAGCCGAGCAUGUAAAGACAAUGUUAAUUUUAAGGAUGGUUGCAUCUUCCAGUUAUUUUCCA